GAUCAACGUAAGGAUAAUAAUCGCUGACCCAAAACCUCAGCGUAUCACAGGCAAAACAAACCCCUACCACUCAAAGUUAGAUUACAGUACCCAAGCUCCUAAUAAUCAAAGAUUUGAUCAUUGAAACCCUUUUCUGCAUCUUCACCAAGCUACUAACUACCUCUGAAACCCACAAGCAACUGCCCAUAAGGGCCAAAUACAUAUAUAGCAACGAAUCAUGGAUCCAUAACCAAUUUCUUUCGCCCUUAUCUUUCAACAAGAUGGUUUGUGAAGCUCUGUCCUUAACCAUCCCUUUCUUCUCAAUAAUAGCCUCCAAAAAAGAUCUUAGAUUAGCUAAAACCUAUAAUCUUUGUCGUUCCAGUCCUAGGAUUCAGUGCUCGAGUUCUGGUGCAGAUCAGGGCCCUGUAACUGCUGAUAAGCUUGAAAAUGAUUAUUCCUUGACUGGUACUGCUUAUGAUUUUGAAAGAGCUACCAUAUCACUUACUCGUGAGUCUUUAUCGUCCCCAAAGAAGGUAACUCUUGUAAGGCAUGGCCUCAGCUCUUGGAAUAAAGAGGGUAAAGUUCAGGGAAGCUCAAACUUAUCUGUUCUAACAGAAGCUGGGAUAAAGCAAGCUGAGAGGUGUAGGCAGGCCCUUUCGAAUAUGCACUUUGAUCAAUGCUUUUCAAGUCCGAUAUCCCGUGCUAAGACCACUGCCGAAGUGUUAUGGCAAGGGAGGGAAGAGCCACUGGUUUUCCUUGAUUCACUGAAGGAGUGCCAUCUCUUUUUCCUUGAAGGCAUGAAAAAUGUGGAUGCUAAGGUGAUAUAUCCAAAGGAGUACACAACAUGGAGAGAGGAUCCGGCAAAUUUCUACGUAAACGGCGUCUACCCUCUUCGGAAACUGUGGGCAACAGCAAGAGAAUCUUGGAGGGAAAUCUUGUUGUCACCCUCCAUCAUUGAUCAGGGAGAAAACUUUUUGGUUGUCACGCACAAAUCAAUGUUAAGGGCACUGAUCUGCUCAGCUUUAGGGCUUCCCCCCGAGAGGUUUCGGUCGAUUGAUGUGAACAAUGGUGGUAUAUCCACGUUUGUUUUCAACAAAAGAGGGGAAGCAAUGCUCCAGUCUUUGAACAUGACUGCUCAUAUGUAUAGCGAUCACGUGUAUCUUUCUUGAAUCUGUUUGAAUCAAUAGCUGUUAAGACUGAGAAACCA